GAGUGACAGUCUGCAGUAGUUCGCUCGGGCUCCCAACCUCAUAUAUCGCGUUGGAUUAGCUAUAUGCUAAUAUCGAUUAGAAAGAAGAGUGAGCCGAGAGUGGAGGCUACCCGAGUCUGAGCAGGCUCCUCAACAGCCAUGGCUGAAGGUGGUGAAGGGGAAGAUGAAAUUCAGUUCUUGAGAACUGAUGAUGAAGUGGUGCUCCAGUGUGUCGCCUGCAUCCACAAGGAGAAUCGCAAGUUCUGUCUGACAGCAGAGGGGCUCGGCAAUCGACUGUGCUACCUGGAACCCACAUCAGAGGCAAAGUAUGUCCCUCCAGACCUAUGCAUCUGCAACUUUGUGCUGGAGCAGUCUCUCUCUGUGCGGGCCCUGCAGGAGAUGCUUGCUAAGACUGGCCAGAACAGUGAAGGGGCGGCUCAGGGCGGUGGACACAGAACACUUCUGUAUGGACACGCCAUCCUCCUGAGGCACUCCUUUAGCGCUAUGUAUCUGACCUGUUUGAAGACUUCAAGGUCACAGACAGAUAAGCUGUCCUUUGAUGUGGGGCUGCAGGAGGACUCAACAGGUAAAACCUCCUCUAUCUGGCUCUAG